UGGGCGUGGCCUCCCCGCUCCCGGAAGCGGCGCGGGCGGCGCCCCGGAAGCGGCGGGCGCUGACCCGGAAGCGGCGCGGGGCGGGCAGGGCGGCGAUGGCGGCGGAGGAGCCUCAGCAGCCGCAGCCGGAGCCGCUGGGCGGCAGCGAUGCCGACGGUGUGAACUGCCUGGCGUACGACGAGGCGAUCAUGGCGCAGCAGGACCGGAUCCAGCAGGAGAUCGCCGUGCAGAACCCGCUGGUGUCGGAGCGGCUGGAGCUGGCCGAGCUCUACAAGGAGUACGCGGAAGAUGACCACGUGUACCAGGAGAAGAUCAGAGACCUGCUGCAGAAGUACUCGUACAUCCGCAAGACGCGGCCGGACGGGAAUUGUUUCUACCGCGCCUUCGGCUUCGCGCACCUGGAGGCGCUGCUGGAGGACGGCCAGGAGCUGCAGCGGUUCAAGGAGGUGUCGGCUCGCAGCAAGGAGGAGCUGGUGGCCCAGGGCUUCACCGAGUUCACCAUCGAGGACUUCCACAACACGCUGAUGGAGCUGAUCGAGCGCGUGGAGCGCCGCGUGCCGCUGCCGGAGCUGCUGGCGGCGUUCAACGAGCGGCCCACGUCGGAUUACCUGGUGGUUUACCUGCGCCUGCUCACCUCGGGCUGCCUGCAGCGCCACCGGCGCUUCUUCGAGCAGUUCCUGGAGGGCGGCCGCAGCAUCAAGGAGUUCUGCCAGCAGGAGGUGGAGCCCAUGUCCAAGGAGAGCGACCACAUCCACAUCAUCGCGCUGGCGCGGGCGCUGCACGUCUCCAUCCUGGUGGAGUACAUGGACCGGGGCGAGGGCGGUGCCACCAACCCGCACGUGUUCCCCGAGGGCUCGCAGCCCCGCGUCUGCCUCCUCUACCGGCCCGGCCACUACGACAUCCUCUACAAGUGACCCCCCGCCCCCACCGCCCCGCCGGGACCCCCCCCGAGCCCCCCCCGGGGCCCUGCCCCCCGCCCGCCCCGCUGCCCCCCGCCCCGCAAUAAAGAUGUGGCCCCCCCGG